AGGUCCGCUCUCACUAAGGCUGUGGCGUCAAUACAAGUCCGGUAUUGAUGCCUUGUAUGGAUGGAGAUGAAACAGUACCAUAACUGGGUACCUUUCCCCAACGACUUCACGGGACUAUAUAUAGAGUAACUAACAUCGAUGCCACCAGUGUUGUUCCCCGAGGGUAAAGGGAUGAAAAAGUGGAUCCUACGAUGUUUCCGGCUGUUUUCUGUAACGUUGGUUUAUUAAUGAGGAGGUGUGUAGACUUGGAUAAGUUCUUAGUUCGCCAAAUGGUUAAAGGAAAGAGUUGCUAUAUGACAUCAAAUCAUGCACAGGUUGUGGUGUGAUUAGAAAUAUCAAAAUUGCUGUCAUAAUUUGAGAGUGACAUUACCUCCCGUCAUCUAUCAAUCUUUCACGGGAUAUAGUUAUACGCUGUACUGAGAAUUACAUCCUUGUGUAGCAUAUACACACCGUGGGAAAAAAUACAUAACUUCACCACACUGUAGUAGGUGACUGUCAAUGGCUCUUUGUGUCUGAAAUACCAGCGCAGCCAUCUGUACCUUAAGAAAAUCUAGCCUGCCACGCGAGCAGACAGGUUGUGGCCUACUUGAGAUCCCACUACCAAUCAACUCCGAACACACCCCACCUGUGCCGGUAUCUCCGCCAGCACGUCCACAUAUAUGCGCUGUCUCCGAGAGACAAUGAAGGUACCUUGAGAACAACGUAAGAUGCCAAGACAGCGACAGGGUCAAGAUGACGGGCCAACCUGACAUCAACGAAGAUCUAGAGAGACUUUCUACAGCUUACGGCCGUUACCAUGGGUAUGCCAGCUUAUGUGUCUGCUUCUCGGGCAUCAUCACAAACAUCUUCAACAUCACCGUACUUACACGUAAGCACAUGCGGACACCGGUCAACACCAUCUUGACCGGUCUAGCAAUAGCUGAUGUCAUCACAAUGUCCUCCUACGUGCCUUUUGCUAUACAUUUCUACUGUGUAAACCCGACAAGUUCCAGCACACCGGAGAAAAACAGCAUUCACUGGAUGACGUUUCUAUUGUUUCAUAUCAACCUGACCAAUGUGACGCAUACUAUUUCAAUAUGGCUUUGUGUCAGCCUCUCCAUCGUCAGAUAUAUACACAUCCGAUCACCAAGUGGCGCAAGUGCUGCGCGCCUCCGCAGGAUCAAUCAAUCCAAAUAUUUAGUACUUGCAGUGUACAUGACCUCUACUAUCGUCAUGAUUCCAAACUACUUGACUAAUGAGAUGAAGGAAAGUAAAAAUCCAAACAACGAAACGAAUAAUACAAUCUUUGUUCUGAAAAGCCUUCGCCUAGGCAGCAACGAUACGGAGCCGCUUGUGUUGGUCAACGUUUGGAUGUAUGCUGUGUUAGCUAAGCUUGUACCAUGCCUACUAAUUUCCAUUUUCGGAGGCCUUCUUUUAUACCAAAUGCAUUCAAAAAUUAGAUUACGGAAAAGCUUCCUGAAAUUCUCGGGUUCGAGUCAUAUCAAGCUUCAAGAACAUUCCCGAACCACGAAAAUGUUAAUAUCGGUCAUUGUCCUCUUCCUCCUCACAGAGUUGCCACAGGGUGUCCUCAUCAUCUUGAGUGCGACCAAGAUGUCCUUUUUCGAGACAGUCUAUCUGCCUCUGGGUGAUGUUAUGGAUAUUGUAGCCCUUAUAAACAAUGCCAUUAACUUUGUUCUCUAUUGUUCAAUGAGUACUAAAUUUCGUGAAACAUUCCUGCGGUUAUAUUGUGGCUGCAGCGUACGGAAACAAGAUAGAAACGGACACGCCUUGCGGGAAAAAGCGGACACAUAUACUAAUAAUAACCAAUUAUGACCAAGUCGUUUCAUUCUACCUUGCAAUAUGUGUGUGUGCCUUUGUGGGAUGUUUUGUAAUAUUAUCAUGGAUAUAUGUGCUGUAUAACAUGGUAUGGUUGUAAUUAGUAACUGUUUAUUUAUGGAUAGCAUAUCUGUAAUUUCGCCUCGAGUAUGGUGCACAAAACACGGUGCGUCACACAAUCACACCCUGUUUCUAUCUGAAAAACCCAGUAUGUCUUUUGGGAUUGAAUGAAUUGUACCUUCUGACAUUAUUAUCUGGACUUGGUUUUGUGAAACAUUUCUCCAGAAUGUGCGUGUUUAGUUAGUUUACAAUAUCUUUCAAGACAUAUUAUGUGACAUUAUCUACACAUGACUCUACCGAUAGCAUUCUGAGAAAGAAAUUAUUUACAAGAGAUAGUAUUUAACCUUUUUUUUUACCGUAAGGCCACAGUAAAUUGAUUAUUCGUUAGUUGUUUUUUCAUUAUGCGCAUUGAUGUUAUUGGUCGCGAUUUCUUCUUUAAUGAACACUUUCCUUUUAUUGACCUACGAGGCUUGCAGAAUAAAUGUAUAGUGUCAAAAAAGAAUUGUGUGUAGGAUUUCAAUACAGUACAUGAUCAACUGCUGAUAAAAAACUAGUAUCGCUCAAGAGAAAAUAUCAAAAUCACUCGUUCUGCGGCACAUUAUUAGCAAAAUACAUUUACAUCAACCUGUGCUGAAGUAAGCAGGCCGAAAACAAUCACAUUAGCGCGGCAUAUUAUUAUCAAGUUAAUAUAUGUAUGUUUAUAUGGACCAUAUACAUAAAGUAAAAGUUUGUAUUUGGCUGUUGUCAAAUUGUUAUACUGUUUGAUCUAGCUUUUACAACUUUAAACUAAUUCUGUUUAUAAAAUCAAGAUUUUCAACAAUUACAGUGUAUUGAAAUAUUCUGAAUGACAGACUAUUUUCAUCACUUUAUCGAUCGUCCGUAACGGUUACUUCCAUCAUUUCGGAAAAUGAUUGAAGGCUAAAAUUACAAUUUGUCAUAAAACCUACUUGUGAAAAUACUUUAAAAAUAGUUUUAAUGUUUUGUGUGCAGCCUUCAAUCUGUUUGACAUUUCAUAUUAUUAUGUUUGUAUCAAAGGUCCGCUGCUAAGUGAACUUCUAUUGGUCCUUGUGCUGGUACAAGCAAAGAAUCUCAGUUGGCCUCUUGAUACCCUAUGUUCAUGGUUUGUAAAUGGCUGUUGUUACGCUAUCGACGAGUGAAAAUAUAUUUUAUAUAAACUUAUAUUCUUAAAAUCUUUCUCAAAAUCUUGAUCAUUUAUUCAUAACAAACGAAUGUUCUACGUUUGAUGCACGAAUUCAUAUUUGAGAUAACUUCGAAAAUUGACACCGACCAAGUCUUCCUUUAUCCUCUUAUACUAUGACGUUGCUCAUAAUAUCAUCACUAGUUUGUUUGGUCCAGAUUAUGGCCGCGUUAGAUAUUUAAUUACGGCCACCAGACGUAAGUAGACGCAGUUCGCAGUGGCAUCCCUUAUUCGUGCUGGUGUAAGUUAAUCAUGGGUCGACUUCGUCUUGAUUAUGAUAUGAUCUUUGGUCAGUUGCUUUCGUGAAAGAGGCUUACGUCUGUGACCUGGGUUACUUUAACUGAAUGGUUAAAAUACAGCUAACGUAAAACUCGGGUUACGCUCACGUUAGGGGCGGUCGGGUAGCCUAGUGGUUUAAGCGUUCGCUCGUCACGCCGAAGACCCGGGGUCGAUUCCCGACAUGGGUACAAUGUGUGAAGCCCAUUUCUGGUGUCCCCCGCCGUGAUAUUGCUGGAAUAUUGCUAAAAGCGGCGUAAAACCAGAAUCACUCACUCACACACGUUAGAAGCAAUAUUCGUAAGCGUGGUUGACUCAGCAUCUAUUUAUGUAAUGCAGAUGUUAAACUAUGAAACGAAUAUUUAUUUCAUCUCUAACAUUAAAACAGAGGAGGUCUACUGUAGGAAAGAUCCACACUGCUUACAAAUCCUCCUGGAAGAAAUACGUGUAAUGCCAGUGUGCAGUCGUGUAUUGUACCCUGAGAACGGAGCACGGACAUGGAUGUUCACCUUUUGUUAGUUAGUACAAUAUGGCUACAUUCAAAUUGCUGUCAAAGCUAAAUACUGACUUGUCAGCGCAUUUGAGUGAAUGAUGAGGUGAGCGAUUCAUACUAUAUUUUGUAUAUUAUAUGUACUGUCGUCACUUCUGCUACAUUGUUGAGUUGCUAUCACAGUUGUGUCUUGCUAAAAUGCUUGAAUAUGAACAACUUAUUCACACCAUCUCCACCACCACCAGAUAUUGUUGUACAGUGAAUUAAAAGUCUACAAUCCU